AUGGGCUUCACAUUCUGUCACCACCAGUUCACCCAGCACCGGAAAUGUGAGUGUGUGCUCCACAUGUGUGACACAUCAAACAACAUGUCUUUGCCUCGGUCCAAAUGUGUGGAAAAUUGUCAUCCUGGAUUUUUCAAGCAAGCUCGAAAAGGAGAGCCAGUAUGCUGCUAUGACUGUAUUCCUUGUCCAGAAGGGACCAUCUCCACUCAGGAAGAUACUGAAAAGUGCACCAAGUGCCCAGAUGAUCAUUAUCCAACAGAGAACCGAGUCCAAUGUAUCCCCAAAAGAAUAAUAUUCCUAUCCCAUGAAGAGUAUCUGGGAAUUAUCCUGGUCACCUUUGCCCUAUUCUUCUUCCUAACCACAGGUUUCAUUUUAAUCAUAUUCCUUAAAUACUUAGAAACUCCCAUUGUUAAAGCCAACAACCGGGACCUCUCCUACAUCCUCCUAAUUUCUCUCCUGCUUUGCUUUUUGUCCUCCUUUCUCUUCAUUGGACAACCAAGGAAAGUCACCUGCCUUCUCCGACAAACAGUGUUCAGCAUUGUCUUCUCAAUAGCCGUGUCUUCUGUGUUGGCCAAAACAAUCACAGUAGUAUUGGCCUUCCUUGCUACAAAACCAGGGAACAGAGUGAAGAGAUGGUUGGGGAAGAGCUUGGCCAAUUCCAUUAUCCUUUCUUGUUCUGGUGUCCAAACUUUCAUCUGUGCCCUAUGGUUGGGAGUUUCUCCCCCAUUCCCUGACUCUGAUCUCUAUUCCCAACCUAGAGAGAUCAUCCUUCAAUGCAACGAAGGCUCUGUCACCAUGUUUUAUACUGUCCUUGGCUAUAUGUGCCUCCUAGCAGCCAUCUGUUUUUUGGUGGCUUUCCUGGCCAGGAACCUGCCUGGGGCCUUCAAUGAAGCUAAGAUGAUCACGUUCAGCAUGCUGAUCUUUUGCAGUGUCUGGAUCUCCUUCCUGCCCACCUAUCUGAGCACAAAGGGGAAAUACAUGGUGGCUGUUCAGGUCUUCUCCAUCUUGGUAUCCAGUGCUGGACUGUUGGGCUGUAUCUUCUUCCCCAAGUGCUACAUUAUCAUCCUGAGACCAGAUCUGAACACCAAGGAACAUCUAAUGAUAAAAGCUGGGAAGUAAUAUUAAAAGUGUGUCUUAGGUUCAUGACAUUUAAUUUUUCAUUACUGUUAUUAUUGGACUUGUAUGCUUCCUUGGCAUCACUUUGACAAUUAAAAUUAUUUAAAACCAAAGGAAAUAAACUUACAAAGUGUGUAA